AUGCGUUCGAACAAAAGCUGCGUUAAGUCCACCUGGUCCUCUGAUUACAAUCCAUGCAAGAAGCAGGUUCGCUUUACCGAGGAUACCUUUGAUCCUCGCCCAUCUGCUCUCUCACACACCCUGGACAAUUUCAUGUUCGCCCAGCCAGAAGAUAUGGCUUGCUUUGAUCACUUUCCAGAUGAGCCCGUGGUCAUCCGUCGCACACGGACAGUCCGCACGCCCAGCAGUAGCCCUGUUCGGACCGAGCAGAUCAGCACCUGCGCUCCCCUCAAGAGCUGCAUGAAGAAGCCCAAAAACUACGAACUUCCCGCGGUACCACCUAAAACCGUCCGCUUCAACGCGGCGCUUGAAUAUGAUACCGAUGUCAUCAAGCAUGAGCCUCCCCGACAACAGCAUCAGUCGCCACCCAAGGACUCCUCUGCUAAAGAGCCCAACCCGAGAACAAAACUGCCGGACAGACCUCUGAAGCGCGCCAACCUGGAGAAAAAAGAAUCCUUGGCAACAAAAAGGGCCAGAUUCGCAGUCGACGACAACAAUGACAACGGCAGCGACACCGAGGAAUUCAGCGACAUCGAGGAGCACAUCUUCCGCAUCGAGGAUAUGGUGACCGACUUCCGCGUAGAAAUGGCUUGGAAGAGAAUGAGGGAGCAGGAGCUCCGGGAAUGGGACAAUUACAUGUUCAGAAAGUCGCUUAUGGGGAACAAAAUCCGAAACACGAAACCUUCGAUGAUAAAGAAACGAAGUCCCUCACUACCGCAGGAGUGGAGCGAGGGGGUUGAGCGCGGUGUAAAAUCUGGACUGGUUGGUUCAGUGCAGUUGAGUACGGGCAGGCAAGUCGGCCUCAAGGCCGCGAAAGCGCGCCACCCGCUGUUCCGGGUUUGA